AGAUUCUGUGAAGAAGACUUCCGGUGGUGUGUCAUGGCGGUGGCAUGGUGAAUCCUCCAGAAAGGAAAAAAUACUCGCGUCUUUCGCCCUUUCCCACAGAUUCAAGAGAAAUUCCAUGCAUUAGUAAGCCUGUCAGCUGCGGUCUCGCAUCUUGGAUUUAGCAGCAGAGGGCUGCGGUGUCCCUCCGCCUGGUCAUGGCGGCUCACAAACCAGUGGAAUGGGUCCAGGCCGUGAUUACUAGAUUUGAUGAGCAGCUUCCCAUUAAAGUUGGGCAUCAGAACACCCACACCAAAGUCAGCAUAGAGCACAACAAGGAAUGUUUGAUCAACAUCUCCAAGUACAAGUUCUCCCUUGUCAUCAGUGGCCUCACAACCAUCCUGAAAAAUGUCAACAACAUGCGGAUAUUUGGAGAAGCUUCUGAGAAGAACCUCUACCUCUCUCAGCUCAUCAUCCUGGACACACUGAAGAAGUGCCUGGCUGGGCAGUCCAAGGACUGCUUGCGUCUGGAUGAGACCAUGCUGGUCAAACAGCUGCUGCCAGAGAUCUGUCAUUUCAUUCACACAUACCGUGAGGGCCACCAGCACCAGCAUGCUGCUGAGCUUCGAGCCUCAGCCUCAGCCGUCCUCUUCUCUCUGAGCUCCAACAACUUCAAUGCUGUUUUUAGCCGCAUUUCCACCAGGCUACAAGAGCUGACUGUCUGCUCAGAGGAUAAUGUUGAUGUUCAUGACAUAGAGCUGAUGCAGUACAUCAAUGUGGACUGCUCCAAGCUGAAGAGGCUGUUGCAAGAAACUGUACUGAAGUUCAGAGCUCUAAAAAAACCUGCCCAACUUGCAGUCAUCAGCAGUUUGGAGAAGGCAUUUUGGAACUGGGUGGAGUAUUACCCAGAUGAGUUCACCAUGCUGUACCAGCGACCGCAGACAGAUAUGGCAGAAGCUGCAGAGAAGUUGUUUGACCUGGUGGACAGCUUUGCAGAGAGCACCAAGAGGAAGGCAGCAGUGUGGCCACUGCAGAUAAUCCUCCUCAUCCUCUGCCCAGAGAUCACACACACAAUCUCUAAAGACACAGUGGAAGAAAGCAAGGCCAACAAGAAACUUUUUCUGGACAGUUUACGGAAAGCUUUAGCAGGGCAGGGUGGCAGCAAGCAGCUGAUGGAGAGUGCUGCCAUUGCCUGUGUCAAGCUUUGUAAAGCCUCCACUUAUAUUAACUGGGAAGAUCAUUCCACCAUUUUCCUCCUGGUCCAGUCCAUUGUCAUGGAUCUCAAGGCUCUGCUGUUCAACCCAGCCAAACCCUUCUGGAGAGGGACGGGCAGUCAGAAUGCCGAUGUGGAGCUCAUGAUGGACUGCUUCGUCUCCUGUUUCCGCAUUAACCCUCACAACAACCAGCACUUUAAGGUCUGUCUGGCCUCCUCAUCCCCCUCCACCUUUCACUUUGUUCUGGUCAACUCAUUGCAUAGAAUAAUCAACAAUUCCCACCUGGACUGGUGGCCUAAGAUUGAUGCGGUGUACUGCCACUCUGCAGAGCUUCGCUUUAUGUUCUCAGACACCCUCAACCGUGUGACCCAAGGCGCUGGCACACACGCUCCACUACGCAUGACCCCGAGUCUGACAUUUAUUGGAAAGAAGACCACCAGCCUUAAGUUCAAAGAGAAAGUCACAGAUCUGGACACUCGAAGUUACAAGUGCCUCCUCCUUGCGCUGGUCAAACUCAUUCACGCUGAUCCCAAACUCCUGUUGCAUAAUCCAGUGAAACAAGCUCCAGAGAUGCAGAGCAGCACAGCAGAGCUCAUCACUGGCCUUGUGCAGCUAGUGCCUCUAACCAACAGUACCCAGCUCUCACAAGAAGCAAUGGAGGCUCUGCUAGUUCUGCACCAGCCGGAGAACAUAGAGCUGUGGAAUCCUGAUGCUCCCAUAGAGACAUUUUGGGACAUUAGCUCACAGGUGCUCUUCCUAAUCUGCCGCAAACUGAUUGGUCAGCAAAUCGUUAAUGGGACAGAAGUUCUGAAGUGGCUGAGGGAGAUCCUCAUCUGCAGGAACAAGUUUUUGCUUAAGAACAAGGAGUGUGCCACCAUGGGUGGUGGCAUCCCCAUCUGUCGGCAGGCCCAGACAAAGCUGGAGGUGAGCCUCUACAUGUUCCUGUGGAGCCCGGACACCGAAGCAGUUCUGGUGGCCAUGUCCUGUUUCCGCCAUCUCUGUGAGGAGGCUGAUAUCCGCAGUGCUGCUGAUGAGGUGCCCGUUCAGACAAUCUUGCCCAAUUACGCCACCUUCAGUGAACUGGCCUCCGUCAGCAACAUGAUGGGAACAGGCCGCUCCACCUUGCAGAAGAGGGUGAUGGCUUUGUUGAGGAGGAUAGAGCAUCCUACACCAGGAAACAUUGAGGCUUGGGAGGACACAUACUCUAAAUGGGACCAGGCCACCAAACAGAUUCUCAACUUCCCCAAAAACAAGGCAGAUGACGGACAGCAGGAGUGGAUCAACAUGACAGGAUUUCUGUGUGCUCUGGGUGGUGUGUGCCUUCAGCAGCGUGGCACCCCUGGCCCAGCCACCUACAGUCCACCAAUGGGCCCCAUGAGUGAGCGUAAACCCUCCAUGAUCUCUAUGGGGCCUUGUGAGGUUUCCAACCCCGUGACCACCUCCUGCUCUUCGGCCUCGAGCGAGACACCUGUCAGCCGCUUCCUGGAUCGGCUGCUGGCCCUGCUGGUGUGCGGCCACGACAGAGUGGGCCUCCAUGUUCGCACAAAUGUUAAGGAUCUGCUUGGACUGGAGCUCAGUCCAGCUCUCUACCCCAUGCUGUUCAACAAGCUGAAGAACAGCAUUGGCAAGUUCUUUGACACUCAGGGACCGGUUCCCAUUAACGACACUAACACACAGUUUGUGGAGCAGACCAUAGCCAUCAUGAAGAACCUGUUAGAUAACCACACAGAGGGCAGCUCUGAACACCUUGGACAGGCCAGCAUUGAGACCAUGAUGCUCAACCUAGUAAGGUAUGUGCGUAUCCUGGGUAACGUAGUCCACGCGAUCCAGAUCAAAACCAAGCUGUGCCAGCUGGUGGAGGUGAUGAUGGAGAGACGAGAUGACCUGUCCUUCUGCCAGGAGAUGAAGUUCAGGAACAAGAUGGUGGAGUACCUGACAGACUGGGUAAUGGGAACCUCCAACCAAGCUGCUGAUGAUGACAUCAAGUGCCUGACAAGGGACCUGGACCAGGCCAGUAUGGAGGCUGUAGUAUCACUGUUAGCUGGUCUUCCUUUGCAGCCAGAGGAGGGAGAUGGAGUAGAGCUAAUGGAGGCCAAAUCUCAGCUCUUCUUAAAGUACUUUACUCUGUUCAUGAACCUGCUGAAUGACUGCAGUGAGGUGGAGGAUGAGGGCCAGGCGGUUGGUGGACGUAAGAGGGGAAUGUCCCGACGUCUGGCGUCCCUUCGACAUUGCACCAUCUUAGCAAUGUCCAAUCUGCUCAAUGCUAAUGUAGACAGUGGUCUCAUGCACUCCAUUGGUCUGGGUUACCACAAAGAUCUUCAGACUCGAGCCACAUUUAUGGAAGUGCUGACCAAGAUUCUGCAACAAGGAACAGAGUUUGACACUCUGGCUGAGACAGUGUUAGCUGACCGCUUUGAGAGGCUGGUGGAGCUGGUCACCAUGAUGGGAGACCAAGGAGAACUGCCCAUUGCUAUGGCACUGGCUAAUGUGGUUCCAGGGUCCCAAUGGGAUGAGCUAGCACGAGUCCUGGUGACGCUGUUUGACUCUCGCCACCUCCUCUACCAGCUGCUGUGGAAUAUGUUUUCUAAAGAGGUGGAACUGGCCGACUCCAUGCAGACCCUCUUCAGGGGUAACAGCCUGGCCAGCAAAAUAAUGACCUUCUGUUUCAAGGUAUAUGGGGCAGCCUAUCUGCAGAAGUUACUGGAGCCUUUAUUAAGAGGUGUCAUCACAACCCCUGAACACAUCAGCUUUGAGGUGGACCCCACCAGAUUGGAACAGGGUGAGAACCUUGAAGAGAACCAGAGGAACCUGCUGCAAAUCACUGAGCGCUUUUUCCAGGCCAUCAUUAGUUCAUCCAGCGAAUUCCCGCCACAGCUCCGGAGUGUGUGUCACUGUCUCUACCAGGCUACUUGCCACUCUCUACUGAAUAAAGCAACAGUAAAAGAAAAAAAGGAAAACAAAAAAGCAGUGGUGAGUCAGCGGUUCCCCCAGAACAGCAUAGGUGCAGUGGGCAGUGCCAUGUUUCUACGCUUUAUCAACCCAGCUAUUGUGUCCCCGUAUGAGACUGGCAUCUUAGACAAAAAGCCUCUGCCAAGGAUAGAACGGGGUCUCAAACUCAUGUCCAAGAUUUUGCAAAGUAUUGCAAACCAUGUCCUAUUUACAAAGGAAGAACACAUGAGGCCUUUUAAUGACUUUGUGAAGAGCAACUUUGAUUCAGCAAGAAGGUUUUUCUUGGACAUAGCAUCUGACUCUCCACCCAGUGAUUCGGUCAACCACAGUCUGUCAUUCAUCAGUGAUGGGAAUGUGCUGGCUCUUCACCGGCUGCUGUGGAACAACCAGGAAAGAAUUGGCCAGUACUUGUCCAGUAACAGGGACCACAAGGCUGUCGGCAGGCGACCUUUUGACAAGAUGGCCACCUUGCUAGCUUACCUAGGACCUCCAGAACACAAGCCUGUGGCUGACACUCACUGGUCCAGUCUCAACCUGACCAGCUCAAAAUUUGAGGAGUUCAUGACCAGGCACCAGGUACAUGAGAAGGAGGAAUUCAAAGCCUUAAAGACCCUCAACAUUUUCUACCAGGCAGGAACCUCAAAGAUUGGAAAUCCAGUGUUCUACUAUGUGGCUCGCAGGUUCAAAACAGGCCAGAUCAAUGGUGACCUGCUCAUCUACCACGUCCUCCUCACUCUCAAACCCUACUAUGCUAAGCCCUAUGAGAUAGUGGUAGACUUGACACAUGUUGGACCCAGCAAUCGUUUCAAGACCGACUUCCUCUCUAAGUGGUUUGUGGUCUUUCCUGGAUUUGCUUAUGAGAAUGUAGUGGCUGUUUAUGUCUACAACUGCAACACUUGGGUAAGGGAGUACACUAAGUAUCAUGAGCGGCUUCUAACGGGCCUGAAGGGAAGCAAGCGGCUCCAGUUCAUCGACUCUCCAGCUAAGCUGGCAGAGCACAUUGAACCUGACCAACAGAAGCUGCCUGCAGCCACGCUGAUACUGGAGGAAGACCUUAAAGUGUUCCACAAUGCCCUCAAACUGGCCCACAAAGAUACAAAGGUCUCAAUAAAGGUGGGUUCAACAGCAGUUCAGGUGACCUCAGCUGAGCGGACCCGUGUCCUUGGCCAGCCUGUUUUCCUCAACGAUGUCUAUUAUGCCUCAGAGAUUGAGGAGAUUUGCCUUGUGGAUGAGAGUCAGUUCACCCUCACAAUGGCGAACCAGGGCACACCCCUCACUUUCAUGCACCAGGAGUGUGAUGCCAUAGUCCAGUCCAUCAUCCAUAUCCGUACACGCUGGGAGUUGUCACAGCCCGACUCCAUCCCACAACACACCAAAAUCCGACCAAAAGAUGUGCCUGGUACUCUCCUCAACAUUGCUCUGCUCAACCUUGGCAGUUCUGACCCCAGCCUCAGAUCUGCAGCUUACAACUUACUGUGUGCUUUGACCUGCACCUUCAAUCUGAAGAUAGAGGGCCAGUUGCUAGAGACGUCAGGCCUCUGCAUCCCAGCCAACAACACCCUCUUUAUAGUCUCCAUCAGCAAAACUCUGGCAGCCAAUGAGCCUCAUCUGACACUGGAGUUUCUGGAGGAGUGCAUCUCAGGCUUCAGCAAGUCUAGCAUUGAGCUUAAGCAUCUCUGCCUGGAGUACAUGACACCCUGGUUGCUCAACCUGGUCCGCUUCUGUAAGCACAAUGAUGAUGCCAAGCGCCAGCGGGUCACGGCCAUUUUGGACAAACUCAUCACCAUGACGAUAAAUGAAAAGCAGAUGUAUCCCUCUAUCCAGGCCAAGAUCUGGGGCAGCCUAGGCCAGAUAACAGACCUGCUGGAUGUGGUACUGGACAGCUUUAUUAAGACCAGUGCCACAGGAGGCUUGGGCUCCAUCAAAGCAGAGGUCAUGGCUGAUACUGCGGUGGCUCUAGCUUCAGGAAAUGUCAAAUUGGUCUCCAACAAGGUCAUUGGGCGGAUGUGUAAGAUCAUUGACAAGACGUGCCUAUCACCAACUCCAACACUGGAGCAGCACCUGAUGUGGGAUGACAUCGCCAUCUUGGCACGCUACAUGCUAAUGUUGUCCUUCAACAACUCCCUGGAUGUGGCAGCCCACUUGCCUUAUCUGUUCCAUGUGGUGACCUUGCUGGUAGCCACCGGGCCUCUGUCCCUCAGAGCCUCCACCCAUGGUUUGGUCAUCAAUAUUAUCCACUCCCUCUGCACCUGCUCUCAGCUCAACUUCAGUGAGGAAACAAAGCAGGUUCUGAGGCUGAGCCUCACGGAGUUCUCCCUGCCCAAGUUCUAUCUGCUGUUUGGCAUCAGCAAAGUCAAAUCAGCUGCCGUCAUUGCCUUCCGCUCCAGCUACAGAGACCGCUCCUUCUCACCAGGCUCUUAUGAACGGGAGACCUUCGCACUGUCCUCCCUGGAGACCGUCACUGAGGCCUUACUGGAAAUCAUGGAGGCUUGUAUGAGGGACAUUCCAAGCUGCAAGUGGUUAGACCAGUGGACAGAACUCGCACAAAAGUUUGCAUUCCAAUACAACCCAUCUCUUCAGCCGAGAGCACUGGUGGUGUUUGGCUGUAUCAGUAAGAGAGUGAGCCAUGGUCAGAUCAAGCAGAUCAUUCGAAUCCUAAGCAAGGCCAGCCCUCUGCUCAGCAUAGAUCGGGGUCUAGAGAGCUGUCUGAAGGGGCCAGACAAUUACAACAGCCAAGUAUUAAUAGAGGCCACAGUCAUUGCUCUGACUAAGCUACAGCCUCUGCUCAGCAAGGAGUCGCCCAUGCACAAAGCUCUGUUCUGGGUGGCGAUAGCUGUGCUGCAGCUGGAUGAAGUCAACCUGUACUCAGCAGGAACUGCCCUGCUGGAGCAGAACCUCCACACUCUGGACACAAUGCGUGUCUUCAACGAUAAGAGUCCAGAAGAAGUGUUUAUGGAAAUCAGACGUCCUUUAGAAUGGCACUGUAAGCAGAUGGAUCACUUUGUCGGCCUCAACUUUAGUGCCAAUUUUAACUUUGCAUUGGUGGGCCACCUACUCAAAGGCUACCGGCACCCAUCACCCACCACAGUCGCAAGGACAGUGAGAAUCCUCCACACACUGUUGGCUCUCAUCAGCAAGCAUCUGAAAUGUGACAAGUUUGAGGUCAACACCCAGAGUGUAGCCUAUCUGGCUGCGCUACUCACUGUGUCUGAGGAGGUCCGAAGUCGCUGCAGCCUCAAACAUAGAAAGUCACUAUUAAUUUCUGACCUCUCCAUGGAUCCAGUUCCAAUGGACACCUACUCAAGUCACAUCACUGAUACUACCUGCAGAACUCUGCAAGAGUCUCAACCAUGGACGUCACCUCAGGUUUCAGACCGCUACCUUUCAGCUCAUUAUCCCACAAUGGGCCAGAUUAGCCCUCGAACACGCAAGUCCAUGAGCCUAGACAUGGGUCAGCCUUCACAGGCCAACACUAAGAAGCUCUUGGGCACCAGGAAGAGCUUUGAUCAUCUCAUAUCAGACUCCAAAGCACCAAAGAGACCAGAAAUGGAGUCUGGAAUGACUACCCCUCCCAAGAUGAGACGUGUAGCAGAGAAUGACUACGAGAUAGAGACACAAAGAAUUGGAAACUCUCAUCUUCGCAAGGUGUCUGUAUCAGAGUCCAACGUUCUGCUGGAUGAAGAAGUGCUUACUGACCCAAAGAUCCAGGCACUGCUGCUCACUGUGCUGGCCACCCAGGUCAAAUACACCACUGAUGACUUUGACCAGCGGAUUCUGUAUGAGUAUCUGGCUGAAGCCAGUGUUGUCUUCCCAAAGGUUUUUCCAGUUGUCCACAACCUGCUGGACUCCAAGAUCAACACUGUGCUGUCCAUGUGCCAGGAUAUUAACCUCUUGAACCCUGUCCACGGCAUUGUCCAGAGUGUGGUGUACCACGAGGAGUCACCCCCCCAGUACCAACCGUCCUAUUUACAAAGCUUUGGUUUUAAUGGACUUUGGAGGUUUGCUGGACCCUUCUCUAAGCAAACCCAGAUCCCAGACUACGCUGAGCUGAUCGUGAAAUUCCUGGAGGCACUGAUUGACAGCUACCUGCCAGCAGCUGAUGAGGAACGAGGGGAGGAGCAACUGAGGACGCCGACCUCCCCCUAUCCCCCCACCAGCCAGAGCCAGCUUAGCAUCACUGCCAACCUCAACCUAUCAAAUUCGAUGACUUCGCUGGCCACUUCACAGCACUCGCCAGGUGUAGAUAAGGAGAAUGUCCAGCUCUCUCCCAGCUCAGCUCUGUCCAGCGGAGGUCGCACUCGACAUGGUUCAGCCAGUCAGGUCCAGAAGCAGCGCAGUGCCGGCAGCUUUAAGAGACCCAGUAUCAAGAAGAUUGUCUGA